AUGGUUCCAGAAGAAGGCCCUCAGUCGAGCGAAGAAGGGUCAGGCCUCCAUUCACCAGUGUUCGGUGCGCCGUAUACCACUCACGGUGACAGUUUCCGGUAUCAGCACGAUCAACUUGACGUUCACCAUUCCGCGGCUAUGAUCCCGCCUCAGUAUGACUACACACUCAACGCCCAACAGCCGCCGAUCCUUGACACGUUAGAGCUGCCGAACUCUAGCGCCCGACAUGUCACGUUCCCUUCUCACUAUACCGUUCCACCUCGUAACCACAUUGGAAUCGACUUCUCUGCCCAAUCCCCGGUCAAUUCUCGUAUCCCCCCCGCCGUGCAUGGCGGCCCACCCGUUGACUAUAGGUAUAGCCCCACCACUGAGCGACGGUUGCCUGGUGGAUCUUCCCAUGACCAUUCGUAUAACCGACCGUCUGGAAACCCCUCCCUCUUACCCAUGGAGAGUGAUCACAGGGCGUCUCUCGUGCCGACCGCUGCGCGCUCAGACACCUCGCCGACUGCUGAGGCGAGUACUUCUUCCAGAGAAACGCGCAAGGAGAUAUCGUCCGUUGUCAUAGCCUGUCGUCAGUGUCGCGGCCGCAAAAUUCGUUGUGAUUCAACAAGACCCGUUUGCAACAACUGUGUCCGAAGAUCCAACGACUGCCAGUAUGACUUAGUGCCAAAGAGAAGAGGCCCAGAUAAGCGUCCUGGUACUCGUCAACGAUCAUGUAAAAAGCGGACAGCAGACGGGUCUGAUCCUCCUCCCCCGAAGCGCAAACGUCCCAACACCACUGAGCGGUCAGAGCCACCAGACCUUCCACCAUCUAGAGUCAAGGAAAACAUGCCGGAUCCGAAGCGCCCGUCUCCAACCUCGCGCCACUUAGACCGACAUCCUCAAGAGCCGCACUAUCACUUGCAGCAACCCCAUUCCGGUCAAGCGCCUCCUUCGCCGACUGAUCUCCGGAUUCCCGCAGAUCAGAACGCCCACUUCAAGCGUUUAUAUCGCGACGACGAACGUCUACGGAUCCAGCCUGCUUUUAUUUUAUCUGUCCUCGCCAUGUCCACCCUCAUGAAGUCCAGCAGCAUCGAAGAUGGUGCGAGUGGUAUGCGUAUUGCUAUGCAUUACGCAAAUGACGCCCAUUCCGCUUACGAAGAAGCUGUUCGAACUGGACACGUUGAUGCGUCCCUGGCUGAAGCUGCUUUAAUCCUCGCGCUCUUUGAAUCGUCGGCCUACCCCCAUCAUUCUUCUGGUCGUGCCAUGAACUCCCUUCUCAAUCUUGAUCAACUUAUCAAAUCUUUAUCGCUUACUAUGCACGACCAGGGGGAUCGUGAUGUUUCUAUCUUCUCUCGGGACAGCGUUCCCAUGGUUCUCGUCGAUGGGGGUAGCGGGGACCCAUAUGACGACCGCAAAUGUAGCUGCAUCCUACCCGGCUCUAAUGAUACCCCCGAUAUUUAUUCCAAUCACCCUUACGUUCUUCCAUGGGCCUCUCAUUGGACCCCCAAAGAGAUCUACGACGAGGAAGUGCGCAGAGUUUGCUGGUCUGCACUCUCUCUUGUGUCGGAGUACGUUGCCCAGUGCCAAGCUUUCAACGACGAGCCUCCGCAGUUCUUCUUGUCUGACCCCUCCAACUUCGGUCUGCUUUUCCCCAACGAAGCAUACGAUCGGCAUUCUCCGAACUAUCGUGCUUCCAAUUCUCUUUCCCCGAAAGAGUCCGUAUGGGCACUCUAUUGCAGGAGCAUGUUGCUCUGGAACUUCUGUAAUCGAUUCCGGACUCCCAGUCAAGAAGAAGAGCGCGCCGAGCAAGCCCACGAAGCCUUCCUCGAAGUUCAGGCUAUCGAGGACUCUCUCAAUACCCAUCGCUGCAAUCUGGACACGACCCUGAUUUACACUUGUCGAGAAUAUAUCCAUAAUACACGUAUGCUCGUCGCCCAGGCUCUUCGCAGCUUCCACGGUCUUGAAACUGGCAAAACCACACCUGGGCCCAUCUUCAAACGCAAGCAAGCAGAAGAUUGGCUCUUUUACCAGGACCAAGUUAUUCUUCGUGUCAAUAACGUCAUCCAUCAUUUGCAAGGUCCCGACGGGUUCCAGCUUACCCGCCGACCUUUCCGUAUCAACUGGUUCAUAAACCAAUUGGCUAUGUAA